CGUGUUUCCGGAAGACGUGGCGGCUCUCAUCUAGGCUGCUUCCCGGCUUCAUUUCUCCCGACGUUGCUUCCCACCCUGGGCCCCCCGACGUGCUGUCGCCGCUGUCUUCACCCCUGCAACCAUGAUCUCCUUAACGGACACCCAGAAAAUUGGAAUGGGAUUAACAGGAUUUGGAGUGUUUUUCCUGUUCUUUGGAAUGAUUCUCUUUUUUGACAAAGCACUACUGGCUAUUGGAAAUGUUUUAUUUGUAGCUGGCUUGGCUUUUGUAAUUGGUUUAGAAAGAACAUUCAGAUUCUUCUUCCAAAAACAUAAAAUGAAAGCUACAGGAUUUUUCCUGGGAGGUGUUUUUGUAGUCCUUAUUGGUUGGCCUUUGAUAGGCAUGAUAUUCGAAAUUUAUGGAUUCUUUCUCUUGUUCAGGGGCUUCUUUCCUGUGGUCGUUGGCUUUAUUAGAAGAGUGCCAGUCCUUGGAUCCCUCUUGAAUUUACCUGGAAUUAGAUCAUUUGUAGAUAAAGUUGGAGAAAGCAACAAUAUGGUAUAACAACAAUUGAACUGAAGACUCAUUUAAAAUAUUGUAUUAUUUAUAAAAUCCUUCGAAGACUAUUCAGCACAAAAUUAAAUCACAUGAAAUAGCUUGCAAUGUUCUUUACAGAAGUUUAAAACAUAUAGCCUACAAAAUACCAACAGCAGUUAACAAAGAAGCAGUGAAAACAGGCUUCUAAUCAAGUGAUCUGAGAUGUCAGCAAGCAAAUUGAAGGAGAUGAAAUCUAUGUUACAAUGCAUAUUGAAACUCUUGAAGGCACUUUUUAUUUUUCCACAAUGUGCGAAACACAGCCAUCCUUAGAGAACUGUGGUGCCUGUUUCUUUUCUUUCUAUUUUGAAGGUGCAGGAGCACCCUUAGGCAUUUGCUUUUUAGAAACGUCCACUGCAAUGGCAAAAAUAUUUCCACUUGCACUGUGUCUCUGAAAGUGAUGCAUGAGUUCAAUUGGAUUAUGGCUUUUUAAUGUAUUAAAACCAAGGAAAACCCAGUUUUGAUGUAUGAAUCACUUUUUUUUGUAAACAUGGUUAAAAUAAAACUUUUAUGAUUCUUCUGAAUCUGAAUAUUUUAAAGCCAGAUGAAAAUCUAAACUAGAUAGUCUCUGUUGGAAGAUACAAAGGUCAUUCUUUACUAGCUUUUAGUUCCUCAGUUAGAGCUGACUAAGCACUUGUUUUGGUCAGCAACACACUCUGGAAAUACUCAUACUUCUUGGGAGUCUGACCUAAGUAUCUAUCAUUCAUUACGUGUACGCAGUUAACAAAAAGCAUUCUAGACCAUGAAGAAGUCUGUUACGCAGCUUGUUUCAUUAAGUAGUCUUUUGUUUAAGAUAUGAAAUGAUGCAAACCAAAUGGGUUUUUCCACGUCAUGAUAGAGUUUUUCUUUCUUUUUCCUUCUUUUUUUUUUUAAUUUUAGCAGUUCUAUUAUUUUGCUUUACAUAAAUCAAAGUAACUAACUAUUGCUAAUGUUUACUUUAAGAGGUAGCAUGUUAAAAGGUUAAACUUACAGCUAUCUUUUAAGGGCUAUUCAUGUAAGCUGAGUUCUUCCCUUAUUUUCAGCUUUUUCCUAACAUAAAAAUCAAUAUGCAUGAUGUAUGCUUCAUAGGAUCAUUCUUCAUCUUGAAUUCAUGGAGAAGAUAUCUGAAUUCACAUGCUGAAGUUAUUUUGCUGUAAUUAAACUGGCUAUAGUUUUUAAAAAUGUGACACUAAAAAAAUGAUGGUUUUUUUUCUGCUCUUGCUGCUUGACAGGCAGUAAGAAACAGUGGUUGUUGCUUCAUUAGUAGUUUUCCAAGGUGGCAGUUUUGUGGUAGAUGUAGGAACACAUUUCAACAGCCAUGGUACUAUUUGUUUUACCACUAAUGAUUGCACUAUUUACUUUUUUUUUUAAACAGUUGCAAAGCUUUUUAAUGCAUAAAAUCAUAAUUGAAAUUAGCGAUUUUUAUUUACAAACGUCUACAAAAUAUGUUACAGCUUGUUAUUUUUAGUUAAAUUGCUUAAUGCACAGAGAACUCCCAACCUUGCUCGUCUAAAGAAGGAAAGACUUGGUAUAUAGCCUGAUGGUUCAGUCUUGUGGAUUACUGUCUCUUUGGUACUGGCAUUUGACAUAUGACAUAAUCUGUGAAAACAGAUGAUAUUGACAAAAUGAGACUCCUACCUCAAUAGUUGUUGAAUAAUAAAAGACCUAGCAUUGUGUCUAAUAGUCUUCAAAAAAGUAAUAUCCUCACUUGGAGAGUGUCAAAUAUAUACAUAUUUCAGGAUUGACUUGUACAAGUUGCCCUCUAGGACUCAGUUAUACAUAUUUUUGACUGACCCGUGUUAUUUAUAGUGGCUAGAUAAUUCUGCCUUUUUAGAGCAAGAACAGUAUCUGUUAAUGUAGGAACUGUUAUCUGUUAAUAAAGGAACAUCUGUAUUAACUUCUUUGUAGACAUAAAUUUCUAUCAAAAUGUUCUUUGCACUGUAACAGAGAUCUCUUUUUCAACAAUCUUAUUUCAGAAAGCAUUCUUAGACAGAAGCAUGUAAAUGAUUUGAUAAUCUCCCAGUCCUUAGUAAGAUUGAGAGGCUCGAGCAGUUUUCAGUUUUCAAUCAAUCCACUAUUAAUCUCAAAUGUGAGUUUGGGACUGCUUGGCAGCAUUGUAUAUUUCUUAUUCAGAACCAUUGAUGCGGCUCUAUUUUUAAACACACUAGUCUUCUGACAGAAAGCUCUGUACGUUGUAUUGUUUCUUCCUUUCCCAAGUUAGCCUUCUGUCUUUGUGACAAAAAUGUACUUUGAUUAUUGCUAUAAAGAUGGAGGAAAAGGUCUAAUACUGCUUAGCCUUAAGUGUUUCUGGCAUUGUUCAAAUGUAUUUUCUGUAACAGAAACAUAUCUGGAAUGUUUUUCUUUUCCCCUUAUAAAUUGUAAUUCCUGGAAUACUGCUGCUUUAAAAAGUCUCACAGUCAGAUUAUAUGAUCUAACAAUUGAAUAUUGUAAAUACAUUUGUCUUACCUCUCAAUAAAAGGGUACUUUUCUAUUCA